AUGGGCGUCACUGAACUCCCAGCCCAGGUGGCCAACAGGUCUGUAACGGAGGCAAGGGCUGUGUUUGAUGUGACCCGACACUCAGAGGAGGGCCUCCCUCUCUAUUUUGUGAUUAUACGUUUCUUGAUUGAGCUGAUAAACCAAACUCGUCUGCCCGGAGGUCUGGAGCCCGUCAAGCCGUCCGAGGCUCUGGUGUCCGUCAGCUCGUGGACGUCGCGGCUCGCACGCAGCAGAGCAGCCCCUGCAGAGCCCAGCGCUUUGGAAGGAGCAGGAGGGAGCCGGGAGGAGUCUGAGGUGAGGCUGGGACACUGUCACUUGCUCGUGUCCCAGCACUGGGUCCCCGGGGCCUGUAAGAAGCAUGCACAGGUCGCAGGACAGACAUCCUGGAAGCAGACCGGGGGGCUGUGCCCCGUUCCCAGAAAGUCCCAGGCCUGGGCAAACACCUGGUCUUGCUGCUGUGAGGGUUGGUGUCUGUCGCCUUCACCACUUCCACCCCUCUCGCCCACGAUGGAGCAGGUGCUCCCAGGGGCACUGAGUCAAUCUGGACUGGUAAUACCUGACGCAUGCCCUUCUCUUGCUCUCUACAUUGGCUUGAACGCGUGCACAUCCGCACUCAAGGACUGGAAUGACAUGACCGCCCACACUUUACCUUGUAGGAAGUCCCAGGACACAAACAAUCCACCUGUUACACGAGGACGUAACCAGUGCCCUGUCCUGGUCAUGCUAACGGCUGUGACACGCGGACGCAGACAGCCAUCAGGAGUUUAGAUCUGACUCGAUGUGCCAGCGGAUGGAGGCCCAAAGUCAGAGGUGAAACAGCAGAAAUACAGUAAAAUGAUUCUGGAAAUGGGAAGUCAUGAAAGACUACGCUAAAAAAUAAGAGGGACUCUGUUAGAAAUAAGCUGUCCUGUGAGUGGUAAAAAGUGACUGUCCAUAAAGAAAAGUUGGUGCCUUUUGUGUUGGCAUGAAUACUCCUAGCAGUCAGGGCUCAGAAGGAGAGAUGAAAUAUCUCAUGUAGAGCCUGGGUCGUGCGAGAAAGCAAACAGCUUCUCUGGGAUUUCGUGGCAAAGAUGACCAAGAGUUUAUACUCACAGCCUUCCCUAAAAGUAAUAUGAACGUCAUAAACCCCAUUAUUUCUCCCGGGAAACAUGGCCAGCUGGAGACUUCCAAGAAUACACUUCCAACUUCCCUUGCUAGUAUACUUAUGCCAAUAGUUUCUGCCCAAGACGGUGUAAGCCAAAGAAUUGUGCGCAGUCUCUGGGAAGAGAGGAGAUGGACUUUCUCCACCAUUUUCCAGAAUUCUGGCUUGAAGCGAGGCCCUGACCCGUUGCCGGGGAUCAGGAGUUGGUGUAGAAGUAGGGACAUCAUCACAUGGCUCUCCUGUGGACUUCCUUUAUAUUCAUGGAAUAAAAUCCUACAUUGUGUAAGCUACAAAAAAAAAAAAAAAAAAAGACAAGAAAAAGAAAAAGUGACAGGUCUUGGAGGAAAUGAUCGAGAGACCAGUCAUUUAAUAUAUCAAUGAAGAGCCCUUAAUUUUUUUUUUAAGAAACCAUAAUUAAAUAAAAAAACAGGCCAAGGAUACGAAGCCAGCUCACAGAAGAGCAAAUCCAAAUGGCCAACAAACAUAUGGAAAGACUCUGCCAUUUGGCAGGAGAUGGAGACGCACAAACUAGAGUAAUAAUAAUAACAAGGUAUCAUUUUAUCCCCAGUCUGGCUGGCAAAAAUUCGCUGAAAUCACUAUUGCCAGAGAGAGAGGACACCAAAAAAUGGGUAUCUCCCUAGGUUGCUCGGCAAGAGGUCAGCUGGGGCAGCAACAGGUCAUGCAGUAAAACCCGGAGUAGGAUUAUAUGAGCCCGAUCACAAAUCUGGACCGUGAGCAGGGCGGGGAGGCGCAGGGAAGGAAAUACAAAGAGAAGGAAAAGAUGAAAAACAUGCAUGAUAUGGUCCGUGUGCGCACAUGAGCACGGGUGUACGUGUGCAAGACAACUUAUCUUUAAAGGACCUUUAUAUCUGCUGCUAUUUCUGGGAUGACUCAUUUUCCUUUUUUUUUUUAAUUUUCUAAUUCUUUCAUUUUUAUUAGUUGUAAGACUUAUAUAAAAAAAACAUUUCCUAUCAACUAUUUUGUUAUCUUGAGGCACAGUUUGUAGAGGAAAAACAGGAUAAAUACUUUGAUUUUUUUUUUCAGCUUAUUUAUCAGUUUUUGGAAAAAUUAGUUGUUCUCUUAGCAUCCCCUGAAGGUGACCAGUGAGAGUUGUUUUGUUUUCUGAGUGUCAUUAUAAAUUCAAGGAUUUAAGUGCUUUGGGUGUGUUCUAAUCCAUUGCAGUUAUUAUCAUAAUUGCUGCUGAACUUGUCCCAACUUUGGCUAGUGGAAAAUCUUUUAGGUUGACUCUUUCAUCAUCAUUAUAAACAAGCUUUAUUAAAGACUAUGAAUUCAGUUUCCAAGGGAGUUAUAAAUGGUUUUCUACAGAGAGAUUAUUUACUUGGUUUGUUGUUUUCACAGAUAAGAUGUGUUUUGACCCAUUGGGGUUAUGUAGCUCAUGUAUUAAAAUUGGAAGUUUA